GGCCUCCAGUCCCAGCUGUUACUGCAAGUCCAUUCCUCUACCAUGAGUGUGAAGCAGCUAAAAUCAACAGAUCCAUAUGUACCUUGAGUUGACAGACUGGCUCUGGUGAAUAUUUCCAUUUUCCUAUAUAGAAGAACAAGUUGAAAUCAUCGCAGAAGGAUAAAGUUCGUCAGUUUAUGAUCUUCACACAAUCUAGUGAAAAAACAGCAGUAAGUUGUCUGUCUCAAAAUGACUGGAAGUUAGAUGUUGCAACAGAUAAUUUUUUCCAAAAUCCUGAACUUUAUAUACGAGAGAGUGUAAAAGGAUCAUUGGACAGGAAGAAGUUAGAACAACUAUACAAUAGAUACAAAGAUCCUCAAGAUGAAAAUAAAAUUGGAAUAGAUGGCAUACAACAAUUCUGUGAUGACCUGGCACUCGAUCCAGCCAGCAUCAGUGUGUUGAUCAUUGCAUGGAAGUUCAGAGCAGCAACACAGUGUGAGUUCUCCAAACAGGAGUUCAUGGACGGCAUGACAGAAUUAGGAUGUGACAGCAUAGAAAAACUAAAGACCCAGAUACCCAAGAUGGAACAAGAAUUGAAAGAACCAGGACGAUUUAAGGAUUUUUACCAGUUUACUUUUAAUUUUGCAAAGAAUCCAGGACAAAAAGGAUUAGAUCUAGAAAUGGCCAUUGCCUACUGGAACUUAGUGCUUAAUGGAAGAUUUAAAUUCUUAGACUUAUGGAAUAAAUUUUUGUUGGAACAUCAUAAACGAUCCAUACCGAAAGAUACUUGGAAUCUUCUUUUAGACUUCAGUACAAUGAUUGCAGAUGACAUGUCUAAUUAUGAUGAAGAAGGAGCAUGGCCUGUUCUUAUCGAUGACUUUGUGGAAUUUGCACGCCCUCAAAUUGCUGGGACAAAAAGUACAACAGUGUAGCACUAAAGGAACCUUCUAGAAUGUACAUAGUCUGUACAAUAAAUGCAACGGAAAAUUGCACAGUCAAUUUCUGCUGACUGGACUGAACUGAAGAUCAAUCCUCACAAUUCAGACUGAGGGUUGAAACAAAACUUUAAGGAUACAUCUUGGACCAUAUCGUAUUUCAUUCUUCUAAUGGUGGUUUGGGCUUGUCUUCUAGUCUGGGCCGCUCUAAACAUUUAUAAUUCCAACAUUGUGGAUUUCAUCUUAUAUCUGUGGACCAUCCUAGUUUAUUCUCCCAUAAGUCUUAGAAGCUUUAUGGUGAUUAUUUUGAGGUUUCCAUUCUUGCAUAAAGCACAAUGCUGUCUUCAUCAGAAAGCAGUUGGCAUAAGAAUUAAACAUAUGAACAUCACAAUUUAUAAAAACUUCUUAAAUAUACACUUUGGGCUAGUUGCAAAGACUACGCUGAUAGCACUUCCAAUGAGAGUGAUAUAUUUAAGUGUACCGGAUCUGGAAUGAUGGUUUGGGGGGAUUUUUUUUUUCCUGGCAAAUCACAUGUAUUGUUGAUGUGAGUAGAGUAUCUGAUGGAAAAAAACUGUCAAAAUAACCAACAUGAAAAAUUUUUAGGAUAACUUGGUGCCUACCUGAAAAUGUUUUGUGUUUCAGACUUUCAAUUUCAAAAAGGUUCCACAGAACUAGUCUGCACUUAACUUACCCAUGUUUAUAUAUAGUUGUCCUACAGGGAGCUUUUAUUUAGAAAAUGUCUGCAUAAUGUUAGGUUUCACUCCUGUCUACAUUAUGCACUACCUAAUUGGAUUUCAUUAUGCUUUUGAAAUGCUUAUAUGCCUGUCAAAUAAGUUAAACUAUUUAAUUUGUUUUGAAUGUUUUGAAUUGCUACACAAUACAAUAUUCUAAAUUUAGGCAUGAGGGUUUAUUUUUUGUUUUGUUUUUACUUUUUUUUUUGGUCAUCGCACUAUGGAACACAAAUAAAAUUCUCUUAAUUUAUAAGAAGAUAGUAGGAAUUAAAUUUUAAAAAUGGUUGUGAUGAGCCAUGAAGUUCAAUCUUUAUAAUAUAGGUACUGCUCUUUCAGACAAAUAGUCCAUUUUUGAUGACUUCUUAUUUUGUUGAAAUUGCUUUAACUGCUAAUCACUGUGGUUGCCAAAUAUUUACUUCAGGAGCAAAGAUUUUCCACAAGCAUACACUUGAUGCAAAAUACCAA